AUGCAGCGAAGGAUCCGGAACUCCCGAGUUGACGGACGAGUCUGCAGCAUGCAGCCUAGCAGGAAAAUCGACAGGACGCCAUCCGCAGCGUCAAAAGGAAUGCGAAUGAAACAGCAGCAGCAGCAGCAGCCAGAAGAUUGCGGACCGAGCCGUGUAAGCGAGCAAAUCAAACCCUGCACCAGCUCUUUGACAGAGAGCGAGAUUGGACGGAUGAUGAGGACCCAGGAAGAGGAUCGAACGCACAUCGACAAGGGUCUAGUCGAAGGUCAGCAAGGGCGACAGGCCGAUGGGCAGAAGAGCGCUGAAUUGCCUUCGAGUGGGGACGUGAGGCAAUCCGGCUCAACCCUGCAUCUUACAACAAUUGCAUCGCUUCGCCAUCGAGUGGGGCAUGCUCCCGCAUCGACUACAUUUUGA